AUGGUGCUGCGCAUGCUCGAACUAGCAAAUGUUUUCAGUGAGAAGUCCAAUCCUUCCAGUGACUUCAUCCAGAGACUUGUGACACCCAACAAAUCAGAUGGGCGGUGGGCACAGGGCGUGCAUUACUCAGACGGUAUAGAUCAUAACAGAGUUUUGAGGACAAAACUUUACCAGCUGGAAUGUCACUUCACAUGGGCUCUGAUAGAAAAUGACUUGGAUCUACCCGAUGUUCUCAAUAGGCUGGAAGAACAGCUUAAGUUGGAUUCUGGAAAAAAAGAAAGACUCAUACGAACAUACAAUGCUUUAGCAUAUGUAAAGUUCCUUCAAGGGUUUCAAGAAGAGGCAUUUAGUAAUCUCCUGACAUCUGUCAAGCUAUAUAAAGAGUGCCAUGAGGAGGAAUUCCACAAAGCUCUUAUUGUCACCUAUGGAAGCCUUGCCUGGUUGAAUUACCACAUGAAGAACUACACAGAGUGUGAAAGUUACAUGCAAAAAGUCCAAAAGAUAAAUGAAAACAUUUCAUGUGAAUCUUCAUCUGUUCCAGAGGUGCUUGGUGAGAAGGGAUGGGCCUUUCUUAAAUUUUCUCAAAACUAUUAUGAAAGAGCAAGAAAAUGUUUCAAGAAGGCUUUAGAUCUGGAACCAGAAGUUGGUGAGUGGAAUGCUGGUUAUGCCAUCGCUCUGUAUCGAACAGAAUUUGAUGACUUCACCCAUGAGAAUUCAUCCACAAUCAAACAACUGAGACGAGCCAUUGAAACAAAUCCUGAUGAUGAUGUUCUUAAGAUCUUCUUAGCUAUGCAACUGGUUAAAUACGCAAUCUAUGAAGAGGCUGAAAGAUUGGUGGAAAAAGCUUUACAAAGAUCUCCAGAUCACCCACAUGUCUUGAGAUAUGCUGGAAAAUUCUAUAAGAAUAAAGGAUGUGUGGACCAAGGUAUUGCUUUAUUGAGAAAAGCACUUGAACUGUCACCUAAUUCAAGGCUCGCACAUCAUCAGUUAGCUCACUGCUAUAAAAGAAAGAAAAUCCAACUGCUACAGGAGGGAAAUCGUCAUGCCAGACAUCCUGAGGUUCAACAGAUUCGUGAUCAAAUCAUCUACCAUUUAAAAAUGGCUAUAACACUGCAUUCAACGGGCUUUAUCGCUGCAAUGAGUGAUCUAGCACUGCAUUACGGAGAACAACGUGACAUUUUACAAGCUGAAGAGAUGUUUCAGAAGACGUUUGAGACAGCCAAAAAGAAAAAUGACAGUCUAUACGUGGUUCAUUUUUAUUAUGCUAAAUUCCAGCACUACUCCGAAAGAAGUGAAGCUUUAGCUAUCAAGCACUACAUGGAAUGCCUGAAGAUGAACCAAGAUUCAUCUGAAGGGAAGAGAAGUGCACUCAAUUUGAGGAAGAUUGCCGGAGAGCAUAUUAAUAAAAACACCCAGGUUGGGGAGGCUUAUGGGAUACUUGGGUUCAUUCACAAGGAAAAAGGAGAAAAUACCCAGGCAAUUGAGUGCUAUGAGAAAGCUUUGAGUUAUGUAGACAAGGAGGAGUACCUCACUAAUCUCUGUGCUCUCAGGCUAUCCAAAUAG